AUGGUGCGGUUACCAUUGCCUCAACGUCUCAGCUCCCAUCUCAGCGUGAAGAGCAAUGCUUCGACUCCAGGUCAGAGCAGAAGCACAAGCCCGAUGAGAACAACUGAGACAAGGCCGUUGGUCCUUAAGGUUUCUGCAAUUAGGGGCAGAAACCUUGCUGCUAAAGACCGAAGUGGAACCAGCGAUCCGUAUCUAGUUGUUACACUCGGAGACUCAAGACAAUCGACCCCCACAAUACCGAAGACGUUAAACCCGGAAUGGAACGUGACUUUCGAGAUGCCGGUGGUCGGUGUACCUUUGCUGGAGUUUAUCUGCUGGGAUCAUGACAGAUUCGGGAAAGAUUACAUGGGCGAGUUUGACAUCCCCCUCGAAGACAUCUUCGCCGAUGGCGAAAUCAAUCAGCCGCCCAAAUGGUAUACACUCAAGUCGAAGCGGAAACCAACCAAGAAGAAAGACAGCAACGUGUCUGGAGAGAUCCUCCUUCAGUUUGCGCUGAUUGACCCGACGAACGUAUCGGCACCCCCGAGUGAGAUAUACCAAAGGUUCAAGAGCUUGGUUUGCGCUGGCGAGGAAGAUGAGGACCUCCCGCAAAUCCCGACAAACGAAUCGGAUGAUGCCGACAGGGACGAGGAGACCUCGGACGAGACCGACGACCUGACGAAACCAGAGAUUGUCGAAAAGAGGAGGAGACGGCUCCGGCUCGCUCGCUUGAAACGGAAGUCACUAGCAGCUCGGGCGUACCAAUUUUCUGGGGCCGGCAAUGGAGUGCAGGGUAUCGUGUUCAUGGAGAUUGUGAAGGUAACAGAUCUUCCGCCGGAACGGAACGUGACACGUACUUCCUUUGACAUGGAUCCAUUUGUUGUGACCUCGCUUGGACGGAAAACGCUCAGGACUCCCGUCGUUCGUCACAACCUUAACCCUGUCUACAACGAAAAGAUGGUCUUCCAGGUCAUGAAACAUGAACAGGCCUAUACGAUAAGCUUUACUGUCAUGGAUCGAGAUAAGUUUUCCGGUAAUGACUUUGUGGCAUCGGCUGGGUUUCCGCUACAGACCUUGAUCCAGGCUGCUCCUGAGGCAGAUCCGGAAACGGGGCUCUAUCGGCUCCGUGAUCCAUCACUUAGCCCAGCAGGUUCUGAUACAAGCUCUGUCAGUAAAUCAGGAGCCAAGUCUGGUGUCAGCCCUUCACCAUCGACUCACAGUCUUCCAAAAAUGUCACGGCCCAGUUUAGUAAGGUCGAGAAGCUCUGCUGCCUCCCUGUCUACGCAGUCUCAAUUAGAGCAGCCAGCUAUCCCUCCGCCGACCAGCGUCCCGGAGGGAAGAGAAAGCAGCAGCAAUGUUUCUAGCGCUCCUACUGCUACUGGAGGCGAAGUGGGUCAGAUGGACUCGCAUGACUUUCAAAUGUACAAGAUCCCUUUGAUACUAAAGAACAAGGAGCGGUGGGAGGACAAGCACUUUCCAGAGCUUAUCGUGAAAGCGAAAUAUAUGCCCUACCGUGCGCUUCGUCAGCAAUUCUGGAGACUCAUGCUCAAACAAUAUGACGCUGACGAGAGUGGUCGAAUCGACAAGGUCGAGUUGACAACGAUGCUUGACACUCUCGGCUCGACCCUGAAAGAGUCUACGAUCGACAGUUUUUUCCAACGAUUCAGUGCCGGAAACGAACCCGUGGAGACUGUGGAUCUGAGUUUCGACGAAGUUGUAAUGUGUCUGGAGGAUACACUGCAGGCGCUGCAAAAGGUCCCUCACGCCCAUGCCAACAUGCAAUCUCUGACCCCGUCCUCAAAUGGCAGUCAAAGAAGCGAAGAGCAAUCUGACGGUGACGAGUACCCCCUAGAGACGAGCACAACACUGCCCGCCAAUACUCAUCCUGGCACAACAUCCGUACCGACACUAGGCCAGGAAGAGCAAACAUCCACAAGCGAGGAAGAUCUCUAUCCCAAUGAUCUUGGUGAUGAGCGGGGUGAAGAGCAUGUUAUUGAGAUUCGGGAGUGUCCUCUGUGCCACCAACCGCGGCUCGGCAAGCGCUCCGAUGCGGACAUUAUCACCCACAUUGCUACAUGUGCAAGUCAUGACUGGCGGCAGGUUGACAACCUUGUGAUGGGUGGCUUUGUCACUUCCAGCCAGGCGCAACGCAAGUGGUACUCCAAAGUUAUCACGAAGAUAUCUUACGGUGGCUACAAGCUAGGCGCAAAUUCCGCCAAUAUCCUUGUUCAAGAUCGAGUUACAGGGCAGAUCAACGAGGAACGAAUGAGCGUUUACGUACGCCUGGGUAUUCGGCUCCUUUACAGAGGCCUCAAGAGCCGGGAAAUGGAGAAGAAGCGAAGUAAGUUACUGUCAAAAGAAACACGCCGGGAAGAAUUGAAGGUUGACCAAACUACAGUUCGUAAGAUUCUCAAGUCGCUGAGCAUCAAACAGGGUAAGAAAUAUGAUGAUCCAGCUUCCGCAGCUCAGAUCCGGGACUUCAUCAACUUCCAUCAGCUUGACCUGUCAGAGGUUCUGCUACCCCUUGAACAAUUCAAGACAUUUAAUGAGUUCUUUUACCGGCAACUGAAGCCUGGGGCACGCCCUUGUUCAGCUCCGAAUGAGCCGAGAAUCAUCGUAUCGCCUGCUGACUGCCGAUCGGUUGUUUUCGACCGCAUCGACGAGGCGACCAGUAUCUGGGUCAAGGGCAGGGAGUUCUCCAUUGAGAGGCUUCUCGGAGACGCGUACCCGGAGGACGCUCCGCGCUACAAGAAUGGAGCAUUGGGAAUCUUCCGUCUGGCUCCUCAGGACUAUCAUCGUUUCCAUAUUCCCGUUGACGGUGUUAUGGGUACCCCCAAGACUAUCGAGGGCGAGUACUACACAGUGAACCCGAUGGCGAUCCGUUCUGCACUAGAUGUGUACGGUGAGAACGUAAGAGUUCUUGUACCGAUUGACUCGGUCGCCCACGGCCGGGUUAUGGUGGUCUGUGUGGGAGCCAUGAUGGUCGGAAGCACGGUGAUCACUCGGAAGACAGGCGAGAAGGUCAACCGUGGUGAGGAGCUUGGAUACUUCAAAUUUGGCGGAAGUACUCUGCUGCUCCUCUUCGAGGAAGGCGUGAUGAAGUUUGAUAGUGACCUGGUCGAUAAUUCUAGGGGUGCUUUGGAGACUUUGGUGAGCAAAAUUCCCGUGCCAAUUCCUGAUCUUUAUAUUUGCCGGCCCUCGCUAAUUGAAACCUGCCGUAUUCAGAUCCGAGUAGGAAUGUCUGUUGGCCACAGCCCCGAAAUCCCUCAGUUCGAGCCCGACAUGCCCAAGCGAACCGAAGACGUCAGCAAUGAGGAGAAGCAAGACGCCAAACAAGGGUUCAACUGCCAGGAAGUGUCGCUCCGAAAACAGCUUAGCGCCGUCCUCCACGCGCCACGACCAAAACAACCGCGUGCUGCAGCGACUUGCAAGAGCAGAAACCCCGUCACCCCGACGCCGAUGUUGAUGCUCCAGCUGCGCAAGCACGCAUUUUGCAACUUUCACCAGACAAUCAAUGAAGUCGGUCUAGUCUGCUCCACAGUCGCCGUCAAUCGCGAACUCGAUUCAGCAAGCGAACCUGCUUUUGCUAUUACUCGGAUACUCAAUCGAAUUGAAUUGGACCAUCGUUGUCUCGUUGCGCAGCGGCCGGUGGGAAGAUCGGCGGAGGUCGAACAAACAACAUAUCGGACUGGAUUACACGCGCGGGGUGGGAGUGAUAGUCUAAUCUCAUCGAGCUUUGGUACAUCCGGCGCCGGAGCAGUGUCCCACACUACGGAAGAGACAGGAUCUAAUCCAUUCACUUGCAUCUACGUCACAACAUACGACCCCGGCCCUGACAUGACCGUCACGGUUCUCGCCGCCCCCAAGACUAAGACCAAGAUCAAGACUAGAACGAGAGAGCGCGAACCGCUACGGGAGAUUGAUAUGGCUGCGUCCCAGGCGCAGACGCGUUCGGCGUCUGGCGGCGCGAGCGGGAGUGGCAGGGGGAGGGGCGGACGAUCGAGCGCGCGAUUGAACAAGGGGCAGGAAACAGGGGAGGAGGAGGUUAAUGUGAAUGGCGGGUGGGGGAAGAGGAAGGCUGUAUCGUAUGAUGAGGAUAUUGAGGGAUUCCAGUUUACGCGACUGCCCAACAAGAAACCGAGGUCGUCGGUUGAUGCUGCCCCGGAGAACCUGAGCCCCGUCCCUGAGGUACCGCCACAGCAAUCGCCUAGGCGAGGUCGACCGCCGAAGAAGAAGAAGACAGAAACAGAGCCGGAAGAAAGCGGGGAGCACACGGAGAAGAGUGCGGAAGUGUCAGGCAAGAGGCAGACGCGACACAGGAGAUCCGCGGCUCCAGAGUCAGAACCCCAACCGCAGAGUGCUACACGUUCAUCGACGCGGAAGCGCGAGGAGACGGAAUCUGUGCCCAAGGAGAAGAAGCGACGGAAAGGCAGACCGAGCAAGACGGAAGUCGAGGCGAGGAACGGCUUUGUGUCGCCUGAACCACAGCAGUCCGGUACUGCGAAGAUUGCGUUGCCUCUAGCCGAUACGCCUGUGAUCCAGCGAAACAAGGAGAUGCGAAAAGAGACCAAAUCGGAAAAAGGAGGGAAGGGAAGGCGGAGUAGCCUGGGGAUGAGAGGAAGGCGGGCCAGUUCACUGAUUGAUUCUGGGGCAUCCAACGCGUUGCCUCAUAAAGAGGUCGACACGGCCGAUUUCUACAAGCAUAUUGCAGAUGGGCUGCCAGAGCCGCGGAGGAUGAGGCAGCUUUUGACUUGGUGCGCCACACGAGCAAUGGGAGAUAAACCUACAGGAGCGCCGGAAGAUGCCAGUGCUCGUCUAGCUGCUCGAGUAAUACAAGAAGAACUGCUCAAGGACUUUUCAACGAAUUCGGAGCUCUCGAAUUGGUUUGGGCGGGAGGAUGUGAAUCCGCCUGCUGUUGUGGUGAAGAAACCGAACCCGAAAAACGUCCAAAACGCGGACAAGAUCAGGGAGCUUGAGGAGCAAAUACAAAGGUUGCAAAGGGAGAGGCAUUCCUUGAAUGAACUUUUACGACCUCCAUCUAUUCCACGACUAAAGCCUGAAUCAAAGCAACCGUCAGAUACACCUCAGGUUCAGGGCCCAUCACAAGCCGAAUCGGCCGAUCAACCGACUCGAUCAUUAUUGCCGGUGCAGCCAGAGAGGAUAGAUACCUCGUUAUUAGAGCCUUCGCAGCAGGAGAUCUAUGCCAUGUUGAAUCCCGGCACAGCAAAGGCACGACGAAAAUCGCAAUCGCAGCCAUCGACCACUACGCAGUCGACCCAUCUACCACCAAUGCCGCCAUCGGUUGUAUCUGCCCGUCUAUCCCGAGUGGCAUCAGGCUUAGCACCAACUCUAGACUCGUUCGCAGCUGGCGUGCACGACAUUGAGCUAUAUCGCGCCAUGUCGGACACGGUCUCGACACGGGUGCUACGCAUCUGUGCGGAACGACUGGAAGAGCGCGAUGCCAGGAAUGCGAUGAGGCGACUUGCAAUUGAGGGAGGCGAAGCUGAAGGCAUACGUGUGAGCCUCCGGCACGGAAAACCAAGGGAGGAUCUGGGAGUGAUUCUCGGCGCUCUCAGCCGUGUGGAGCGACGAUGA